AAGAAGGAGGAGGGAGAAAGAGAUUCACAGUUGGGGAAGAAAAAAAAAAUGUGUAUCUCCCAUAAUCUAUCCCGUGCGAGGUGUGAAGAGGGGACAUAGCGCGGCUCCCCCCCGUCCAGGACAAUUGCACGGCCCUUCUUCCAUAGAGCAGCCAAGGGGAGAGACCCGUCUACUGUUAUUCAGAAGGGGGAAACUUGUGGCCGAAGGAAGAAGACAAGGCGGAAGAGACCGCCCGCCCAGCGACUCCUGUCAGGGAAAGGGGCGCUGGAGAGGAGGGAGGGGAGCGAACGACCCCCGGACCCUGGAAAAAUAAGAGCGGGGCUAAAAGUUUUCCUGAAGUUCCCCCGUGUACCGCGGUGAGCGGGGCGGGAGGCUGCCGGAGCCCGGGGCCAUCAGGAGGGGACACCCUGAGGAGAGCCAGGAUGAUGAGCUCCGGAGGAGCGGGCGGCGGCGGGGAGGUGGUGUGCUCCGGCUGGCUCCGGAAAUCUCCUCCUGAGAAAAAGUUAAAGCGCUUCGCAUGGAAGCGGAGGUGGUUUGUCCUUCGCAGUGGACGUUUGACAGGCGAUCCCGAUGUGCUAGAAUACUACAAGAAUGACCAUGCUAAGAAGCCUAUUCGUAUCAUUGACUUGAACCUUUGUGAGCAAGUUGAUGCUGGACUGGUUUUCCCCAAAAAAGAAUUUGAACAUAGUUAUAUUUUUGAUAUCAAAACCAUCGACCGAAUAUUUUAUUUAGUGGCCGAAAGUGAAGACGAAAUGAAUCGGUGGGUUCGAAGCAUAUGUGAUAUCUGUGGAUUUAAUCCCACUGAAGAAGAUGUGAAACCUCCCAAUGUUCCUGCGCAAGCCCCCAUCGAGAUUCCUAUGACCGCAGGUUUAGAAGUCAACACUCACUCACACCAUGGUCAACUCCCCCAGCCCUACCAACUUCUCAACGUACCACCCUUAGAAUCUGCGAACAGCCACGAGGACCCUCCAGACUAUUUACUGCUAAUCAACUGCCAAAGCAAGAAACCAGAGCCAUCAAGACGUGGGUCAUCGUCUCUCGCAUCAGAGGAGGAUUAUCUACUUCUUGAAGAUUUUGAAAGCAAAAAGAUGUCCUGGCAAUGUCAUCCAGAAUCUGCGAAAUCGGUACCAUCUGAAACAGACUGCAAUGACAACGUUGCUACUCAUAAGAGCUCCUCAGCACACAAGCACACCUUGAAUGGAUAUUUCCAGCAAUCUAGUGUAUAUGACUCUCCAUCCCGUGCUGGAUCCUGCUCCGACUCUAGUAGUUUGUAUAACCUGCCAAGAAGCUAUUCCCAAGAUGUAUUACCAAAAGCAGUGUCUCCUUCUGGUACAGAUGUGGAUGGGGAUCAGAGUGUUUUUAAUAUGUCCGGAGCAUCCCUCUUGGAAUCCCAGCUAAGGCAUAUGUCCGUAAGCUAUGACAUUCCUCCCAGCUCAGGAAGCACUUAUCAGAUACCCCGGACUGUACAUGAAAACUCUUUAGGGCAGUCUACAUCAAAGUUAGAGACUAUUGCAGACGUCCCUCCACCAAGACCACCAAAGCCUUAUUAUUCUUCUGAACGCUCCCCAGCAGAGCACAGUUUAACCCGCACUGCCUCAGAGACUGACAGCAACUACUGUGUCCCUACAGGAGGAAUGGCCACAUCUCGUAGUAACACGGUUUCUAGUUUAGAAUUACAUAAAUAUAGGAAAGAUAUGAGCUCUCAGGAGUUGUAUGAUGUCCCACGUCCUUUCCCCAGCGAUAGAUCCAACUCACUUGAGGGCUUUCAUUUUAAAAGCAGAAGCAUCUUGACGAUGGGAAGUUACUCCACAGAGGAAUUAGAUGAAAACUAUGUUCCUAUGAACCCCAAUUCUCCUCCUCGGCAGCAUUCCAACAGCUGCACAGAACCUAUCCAAGAAACCAACUAUGUCCCCAUGACGCCAGGCACGUUUGAUUUCUCCGCAUUUGGGAUGCAAGUUCCACCUCCAGCUCACAUGGGGUUUAGAUCCAGUCCGCAGACCCCACCGAGGAGGUCUGUACCCUCCACGGACUGUGAGCCUCCACCUGUGGAUAGAAAUCUGAAACCUCACAGAAAAGGUCAAAGCCCUAAAAUUUUAAGACCUAAACCUCACGGUUUAGAGCGAACUGAUUCACAAACCAUAGGUGAAUUUCCCCGAAGAACCAAGGUAAAGCCAGCGCCGCUAGAAAUCAAGCCUCUCCCUGAGUGGGUAGAGUUACCUGUGCGCUCUCCAGUAACCAGAAGCUUUACACGAGAUUCUUCCAGGUUCCCUAUGCCUCCCAGACCAGACUCUGUUCAUAGCACAGCUUCAAGCAGUGACUCACAGGACAGUGAAGAAAACUACGUACCGAUGAACCCCAAUCUAUCCACAGACGUACCAUGCCUAUUUGAGAACAACAGUCUUGAUGAAGGCAACAGCCCCAUGGUGAAACCAAAGGGUGACAAACAAGUGGAAUAUCUAGACUUGGAUCUGGACUCUGGCAAGUCAACCCCUCCAAGAAAAAAAAAGAGCACUGGGUCUGGGAGCAGCGCGGCAGAAGAGAAGGUGGAUUAUGUGGUUGUUGACAAGGAAAAAACCCUGGCACUGACAAAUACCAGGAAAGCAUGGACUGAUGAAAGACAGUCUACCGAAUCCGAAACCCCAACUAAGAGCGUCAAGUGAAUGUUUCUAGAGCCGAGAAUCGUAUUUCAUCCUGACACGCUAGCCAAGUUUUAUAUGGUGCAACAUUAUGUCAUCUGAAGUCAAUGGAACUUUUUAGAAACCUUUCAGAUGACUCUGUAAGACAAAGACUGAAUUGUGCACUGUGCAGUCUGUAUGUAAAUACACAAUGAUGGAGCAAGGACCAUGCGUUUGACACAUUUAGCCAUGUUUUGUAGUAUUACUAUGUUUUAUGCACUUUGUGUGUUUGAAACAAUGGUUCUUGUGGCUAACCCUUGUUUUGCCAUUAACACUGCUAAUGUCUCUAUUUCUUCUAUUUCAUAUACUAAUAUAACUAAAAGCUAUAUGAAACCGGGUGACAGGCGGAUUCUCCCCCCCCCCCCCAUGCAUUGCAGUGCAUAGUAAAUGCAUAAUACAGGCCUUCUAUCACUGUCACAACUACAGUUGUCCUAUCUUCCGUUUUUAUGCUGGUUUUAUGUUGACAUGAACAUUUGCUUGGCAAUUAUUAUUUUUUUGUUAUUGCCAGCGUUAAAUUUUUUGUUUUGUAUAGUUCCAGAUUUCUGAUGGUAUUAUUGUCCAUACCUGCAGAAUCAUGUGCUCAUUUUCCCCCCCAAAAACUCAGUUUUUAUUAGAGAUCAUGAAUGUAAAAAAUAAGUUUUAUCCGAUGUCAUUUUAUUUUGCCACCUCACAGUAAAUGACGAGCUAUGGCUCUGUGUAGAAGCCAUAUAUUUAGUGGUAGACAGGAUGGGAUCAUCAUGGGAGAGCAGAAAAACCUUUAACGUAAUCCUGUUUUUUUUUGUUUUGUGCUUCUUCUUUUUAAAGGAGUUGUUCACAUUUGCACAGCACACAUCUCUUCGUACAAGUCAUGGCCAAUAUUGAUGAGCUGGCACUGACAGCCUACAAUUAAAGGAACGUUACAACCAGUAACAUCCAUGGACAGCUCGCGCUGUGUAACCCCCCUAGAGCUGUAUGGAGCAGCAGCCUGCAUGCCUGACCACCAGACCCCACCUAUUCCCGUGAAUAGUUAUCAGUGUUACAGUCAAUAACACCUUUUCAAGUAUCAUUGGUGUUAUGUACGAAAGUAGUAAUUGGGAGCGAAGCUGCAUUAUUUGGUGGCGGGAAUGUUUUUGGCCACCAUUUUGAAAUCUGCCAUAUUGAAUUCAGCUCAGGUUUGAUAUAUCAGUCUUGGCUAGCAUUUAGUCAGAAACACACUGGAAGUUUCCGUUUUGACCCAUCUUUUCCUGUUUGAGUUGUGAGGUGAACGUUUCCUAAAGUGCUUCUGUAUGUCCACCAUUCUGUCGGAUGCACACGGUUAAAGGUCUAAUCCAGUUUUCUUAAACGCGCUGAAGAACCGCAGGAGAUACUUCACAGCACUGUAGGAUUUGCCAUUUCAUAUGAACCAUAUUGCACGAUUCCACCACCAAAUAAACCCCCCCCCCCCCUCAAAUUAAUACUUUUAGCCUCACCCUGUGUAUGUAUAUAUUUAUUCAGUCUCUUCAGAAUCUCUUGACUAUUCUGAUGCCAUUUUCUGUUCCGAUAUUAAUAUUUGGGGGCCUAUGUAUACUUGUAAUCUGUAUCUAUAAUAUGUAAAGCAGCUCUGAUUACAUUAUGGUAGUCUGUCAGUUAUGCGGAGCGUUUCUUCCAGUACAGUAAUGUAUUUUAAUUUACAUAGUCUAUGUCCGUUCGUUUGGUGGAGAUUCUGCAGGGUAGGAUCUUACACUGAGAAAUGGCAAAAUAAUUGACAUGAUAUGGGCUGUGCUCAUCACAUUUGGUGUCUGCAGUCAAGUUAUUUUUAAGUAGCAUUUUUUAUGUGGAAUACAGAAGGCGGACUUUUAAUCAGGUACUUAGACGGCACAGCGGUGCUAAUGCAGUGAUCAGGUUGCUAGAGUGAAAUUGAAGCUUGUAAGAUAGUUCUGAUACUGUAAUGUUCUCUGGAGACAGCUGCCAUUAACUUUUCUAGCGCAAGUACUAUACUGUGAUUUGUGUUCAUAAGCCAAGUGUACAAUGUUUUAACACCACUGUGCCCUUUGCAUUGGUGGUUUUAAAUUAACACCUGCUUUGCCUUAUAUUUAAAUUUUUCUAUGCAACUUGUUUUUAUAUAAGCCCACUUAUUUACCGGUUUUUAACGUAUUAUUGAAUAAUUCCUAUCAUUUGCUGUGACCAGUUGAUGGCCUGGCACGCUUAAAAUUAAAGCCGUGCAAGGGCUUCAUGAUUAUCCUUUUAGAGUGUGGUGAGAAAUACCAUUUUCUAAUAAACUUGAUCUUUUAAAGGGACACUAUCACAAAAAAAAUUAACAUUUGUGUGGCUUCCGCAGACAGAUACAGACCCAUUCAACUUGAAUGUGUCUAUGCUCCAUCCGCACCGCAAAAAAAAAAUAGAACAUGCUCUAUUAAUUUGCGGUUUGGAGGCACGGAGAGAGCCCACAAAAGCAUUCCGUAACCUCCGGAUUGCAGACACAUUCAAGUAAAUGGGUCUGCAUACGUGAUGCGGGGUGCCCACAUAUGGCGGGCCGCAAUACGGGCAUGACCGAGCAAUGGUCGUGUGCAUGAGCCCUAAAUGUAAGAUGGCUAGUAAGCGGUCUUGUAUUUAGAAGUGGUGGUGGAUCCGCCUCCAUUUAUGGGGAAAAUUAAGACUGGUGUCUAAAACGCCAAUCUUCAUAAAUGACCCCCUUAGUUUAUAUUACAUGUAUUUCUGAAGACUACCGCCUUUUGUUUGCCAAAGCUUUUCUAACCCUUGUUGAUGAGCUGUUAUUUCAGGGUGAAGCCACAUCUGUCUGUAAAUUUUCCUUGCAAUGGAUGGA